CACUCCUCCCCACAAGACACAACCACCGCCGUGCGCGCGCAGCUCGAGCUCUGCUCCUCCCUUCACCUCGGAUUAAUAAACUUCGGCGCCGAUUUUUACUAUAAUAUUUUACCAUGGGCGCGUGCAACUCGUGCGAGGCGACGGCCGUGGCGGCGGUCACGGGGGCCUCCGCGGUGGGCGAGGCCACGGCGGCAAGGGUCGUGCUCGCGGACGGCCAGCUGCAGCGGUUCCCCGGGGGCACCCGGGCGUCGCAGGCCAUGAAGGCCGCGGCGGCUCCCGCGGGCGCGUGCUUCCUGUGCAGCGCCGACGGGCUCGAGCUCGGCGGCGCGGUGGCCGCGGUGGUGGGCGACGAGGAGCUGCAGCCCGGGCAGCUCUACUUCGUGCUGCCCGCGGCGAUGCGGCGGCGGGCGCUGCAGGCGGAGGAGAUGGCCGCGCUCGCGAUCCGCGCCAGCGCCGCGCUGGCCGGCGACCACGACGGCCCGCUCGUGUUCCCCGACUCGGCCAGUGGCGCCCCCGCGGCGAGGAGCGGCGCGAAGGGCGGGUCCCGCCGGCGGUCGCGGAGGGCGCCCAGCCUCGGGCGCGACUUCGUGCCGGAUCUCGGCGCCAUUGCCGAGUAGCCGCUGGCCUGGCCGGCAAGAUGGAUCGACCGAACCGGACGCGCGGCGGGCGGCGAGGAAAAUAACCCGAGUGUAGAGUUACGUGUAAACUAAUCCAGUGGAGGGAGAUUUGGUUUGACUAAUGCUAAUCUAGUGUAGUUGGGGGGGGGGGGGGGGGAGGCUAAACAAGCUCUGCUUAGCUGUAGCUACUGCCGCACGUUCCAGUGUAGUGCGCAUGUUGUACAAGAAAGACGCGUAGGCACAUUGCAUUGCGUAUUUUUUUGAUCCUGAUCCGUCGAAGGGCCGUCUGAAAUCUAGACUGGACGCCAUGGUCUCCCGUGUGUGGCUGACGGGUGGGUCCCACGACGCUUAAUGUCCAGCACUGCCGCCAGAAUGGGGCGUUCUUCUGACGAAAUGACGUGCCGAAUGGCCAGAUCGAUGCUUAGCCAUGCGCCCAUCGUAUUAAAGCCGUUGGUAAAUGGAGUGUAUUUUGGUACGCCUACGCGUUAAUCCGGUCGCUUUUUGCGCCUUUUCUUUAAAAAAAAAGGUCGGUUGCUUUCUGCAUUUGCCCCUGGUAUUUGUGGUGGUGCCUUGGGAGGGAAGGAGAAGCGCGGGGAGGUAGUGUGGGCUAAGCAAAGGCCAUUUCGGUACGAGGAAGACGACAAGGGGGGACCUUUUCUCAGCUUUUCUGUCUAAUCCUCUCGCGCGCGACAUGGCCGCCUCCCGUCGCUCGCCUACAGCCCGCACCACUGCUGCCUGCCGCCACUCGUUCGUGGCCGUGCGCUCGCCGGCGCAACUUGGCAAAGCAAGAUAUUCCACGGAUGAGCUGACGGCGGCAGCCGAGGACGAUGAUUCGUUUUCCCGGGGCCGGCUUUAUUAUCUCGCCAUGCUCCCGGCGACUGGUCGAUGUGCCCGGCGAACAGAUUCGUUCGUCCGGAUAAGCGCAGUAGAAAGAAGGCCGUACGUCUUUGAGACGUCGCCGGGUCCGGAUCCAAUGCUAUGCUAUGCUAUCUGAGGCGGAUCUGUUACAGGUCCGGCGUCGAGUUUUGUCGGAAUAAAAUCGCCUCUACGUUGUUCGUCGAUGCCAACAGUUUGGAUCGGCCUCACGGAGCUGAAUAUGUUCUUGUACAAAACGCAUCGCGCGUACGUAUGGAUUAGAUUAGAUAGAGGCGGCCGGCCGGAUAUACGGGACGGGAGCACAGUUAAAAGUGAUAGCCUGAUAAGACAGUGGUGCGGAUCCAGCGAUCGGCGGUAGACAGGCGAGUCAUUGUCAGCCGUUGCUUUAGUAUAUAAAGUACGUAGUUAAAGCAGACUACUUGACGUGCACGCACCGGCCCGUUGGCGGGCUGCCUGGAUUUAUCUCAACUGGAUUUUCAUCUCGAUCAUCGCAUUUCUACUGUGCGUGUAGCAUUUCGUACGUGGCUCAGCUGGCACGUACGUAUUCCUUGAGUGGUGGCUCAGCUGGCACGUACGAAAUGCUGCCUCUUGUUAAACAUUGUAUUAUGACGUGUGCGUGAGUAUGGUUGUUGUAAUAUGGUUAGGCUUAGAGAUAUGAUCCUAUAGUUUGUUAGAUUACUUGGAGAUCAAUCUUAGCCUAACUAAACCUUGUAAUCUCUUGGCCUUGAGCCCUAUAUUAACACGCACGUGUCCCUGCA